GCAAUGACGCGCACGUCGAGGAGUCGUUGAGUCCACCGCCUGUUACUGGGUUACGGCGGCUUUGGGCCUUUUUGUGCGGUGAGGAUUGCCGUGACCUUUCAUUCAGAAAGUAAAAGAGAAUAGUUAGCAAGCAAGGUACAGCGACGAUGGCGGAGGCAACUGAGCGAGCCGAUGGCAGGAUUGUAAAAAUGGAGAUGGAUUAUAGCUCUACGGUGGAUCAGCAACUCCCUGAAUACGAGAAAAUGGCCCAAGAUGGAAGACUGCAGGAAGCUAUUGAUAAUCUUCUGUCAUUGGAAAAGCAGACUCGAACAGCCUCUGAUAUGGCUUCCACAUCAAGAAUCCUUGUUGCAAUAGUAAAAAUGUGUUAUGAUGCAAAAGACUGGGACGCACUCAAUGAAAAUAUCGUACUGUUGUCUAAAAGGAGAAGUCAGUUAAAACAGGCAGUAACAAAAAUGGUUCAGGAGUGCUGCACAUACGUCAGUCAGAUUACUGACUUGCCAAUCAAAUUGAGACUAAUUGACACUUUACGUACUAUCACAGCUGGAAAGAUUUAUGUAGAAAUUGAGCGUGCUCGGUUAACCAAACACUUGGCCACGAUAAAGGAGGAAGCUGGAGAACCAAAAGAAGCUGCUGCCAUUUUGCAAGAACUUCAGGUUGAAACAUACGGUUCAAUGGAGAAGAAGGAGAAGGUUGAGUUUAUCUUGGAGCAAAUGAGACUCUGCUUAGCUAUAAAGGAUUACAUUCGAACCCAGAUCAUCAGCAAAAAAAUAAACACUAAGUUCUUCCAGGGGGAGAAUACUGAGGACUUGAAAUUAAAAUACUACAACCUAAUGAUUCAAGUUGACCAGCAUGAAGGAUCCUAUUUAUCCAUAUGCAAACACUAUCGUGCCAUCUAUGAUACACCUUGUAUUGAAGCUGACAGUACAAAAUGGCAACAGGCUCUGAAGAGUGUAGUUCUGUACGUUAUCCUGGCUCCUUAUGACAAUGAACAGUCUGAUCUCGUCCACAGAAUCAGCCUUGACAAAAGGCUUGAAGAGAUUCCAAAGUACAGGGACCUGCUGAAACUCUUUACCACAAUGGAACUAAUGCGCUGGAGCUCACUGGAGGAGGAUUAUGGGAAGGAAUUGAGGGAAGAAUUAUCUGAGAAUGCUUGCACAGAUGUAUUUUCUAACACAGAAGAAGGAAACAAAAGAUGGAAAGAUCUUAAGAACCGAGUAGUGGAACAUAAUAUUCGAAUAAUGGCAAAAUAUUACACACGCAUCACAAUGAAACGAAUGGCAGAACUUCUCGAUCUUUCUAUUGAUGAAUCUGAAGAGUUCCUUUCCAAUCUCGUGGUAAACAAGACCAUCUUUGCAAAAGUUGACAGGCUUGCAGGAAUUAUUAAUUUCCAGAGACCCAAGGAUCCCAAUGACAUUCUCAACGACUGGUCACACAAGCUGAACUCUCUGAUGGCACUUGUGAACAAAACCACACACCUCAUAGCAAAGGAGGAGAUGAUCCACAACCUUCAGUAAAAAACAACAUGAUUUCCAGAGACAUUCUAUGAUUUAAAAUAACCUUUAAUAACCAUGCAAAAAAAGUUACUUUUCCUGCUGAACUGAAAGCAGUUUCUGAUGGUUUGGUACAUUGUGUCCACAUGGUUAGGCACUGAAGGUUAGGCUUUGAUGGUAUCAUUGAUCUUUCUCUAAAGACAUGUAUAAAGUGGGGUUUGAAUAUGUACGAUAAAUGGAACAAAUAAUACCACCUAAACAUGUCACUAAGGUGACUUUUCAAUUGAAAUUUACCGUUGUUUUAUAUUACUUGGAGCUUUCAUUAAAAUUAAUUUAAAAACUUA